AAAUUAAUUAAAAUUCCAAUUGCCAUAGGCGGCGGCUUUGCUGCUGUUGGCACCUUUAUAUUGUAUAAAACAGAACAACUUUCAAACUAUACUAAAGACCAAUUUACCCACUUAAACAAUCACAUCAUAACCUUUAAGGAUUUCUCUUUAAACUACUUGAACCAUCUAAACAACAACAUGAAACAAAAUAUAAAUGAAAGCCUAGAUAGUUUCAAUAGCUACCUUAGUUCUCAUAAUCUCGAAGAUAACAAUAGUGGUGAUAACAAUAGUGGUAACAACAACAGCAACAACAACGAUAACAACAAAAAAAACUCUCCUGCAAUUGCAACCGCUGCUGCUGCGUCUAUCUCUUUAAUAGUUGAUAACGAAAAUAAUGACAACAAAUCAGAUUUUAUUAAAGACCAUUACGAUGAUGAUAACGACACUGGUAAUGAUAAUGAUAAUGAUAACGACAUUUCAAAGGACCGCACCGAUCAACAAAUCUUAUCCAUCACAAGAAGAAUGAUAGAAAUUAGAAAUUUAUUAAAUAAAAUUGAUAAAUCUGAUUCUUUGAAAUUACCCUCAAUUGUUGUCAUUGGCUCUCAAUCCUCUGGAAAAUCCUCAGUCUUGGAAUCAAUCGUCGGCAGAGAAUUUCUUCCAAAGGGCUCAAAUAUGGUUACAAGAAGACCCAUAGAACUAACCUUAAUCAAUGAUCCAACUUUAAACAAUGAAAUUGCAGAGUUUCCCGAUUUAAAAAUCGAUAAACUAUCUGAUUUUAAUGAAGUCUCAAGAUUACUAUUUGAACUAAACCUCGCUGUUCCCUCAAAUAAAGCCAUCACUGAUGACCCAAUUAGACUAACAAUAAAAUCACCAACUAUUCCUGACUUGACUCUAGUAGACCUACCUGGCUACAUCCAAAUUCAAUCUAUUGAUCAACCAGUAGAAUUGAAAACUAAAAUCAGAGAUUUAUGCUCAAAAUACCUCAAACAACCAAACAUAAUCUUAGCAAUUUCUUCUGCUGAUGUCGAUCUAGCCAACUCCUCUGCUUUACAAGCCGCUAAAUCAAUAGACCCAAAUGGUGAAAGAACUAUUGGUGUCAUAACUAAAAUGGAUUUGGUUGAUCCCUUUUCUGCAAGAGGUCUACUAUUAAAUAAAAAAUACCCGCUAAAAUUAGGAUACGUUGGUGUUAUAACUAAAAUUCCAAAAACCAAUUCAACCCCAACUUCUCUAUUCUUGAAAAAGAAAUCUAGCUCUGAAUUAUUUAAUGACCUACAAAAAAAUGAAUUCGACUUCUUUAACAUUCAAAAUAAAUCAACCUUUCAAAAUUUAAAUGUUGGUACCAAAAAUUUGAAAAAAAAAUUAAUGAAAAUUUUAGAAUCCUCAAUGUCUAAUUCUUUAAAUCCCACUCAUGAUGCCGUUCAACAGGAAUUAGAAGAUACUUCCUACAAAUUUAAAGUGGAAUUUAACGACCGUUUAUUAACACCGGAAACUUAUUUGGCCGCCACUUUAGAUACUUUAAAGGUCUCUGUAAAAGAAUUUAGUGAAAAAUUUGGUAGAAAUGAAUUAAAAUCUUUAUUAAGAAGCGAAUUGGACCAAAAAGUUUUAGAUCUAUUAGCUUUGAGAUACUGGAAUAAACCACCAUCUUUGAUUAAUAAUUAUUCAAAAGUUAACAAUGCCAAUAUAAUUCUAAAUAAUACCAAUGUUAAUGCUAACAACUCAAAUGAUGAUAUUUAUUGGCAUCGCAAAUUGGAUUUAAUAACUUCCUCAUUAACUAAACUGGGGGUCGGUAGAAUGUCCACUACAUUAGUUACAGAUUCAUUAUUAGAUGAAAUUAACAAUAUUAUUAAUUUAACUAAUUUGAAAAGCCAUCCAAUUGCCAAGGACAUUGUACUAAAUUCUGCUAUAUCGGUUUUAAAUGCAAGAUACUAUUCAACAGCCGAUCAAGUUGAAAAUUGUAUUAAACCAUACAAAUUUGAGAUCGAUUUAGAAGAUAGAGAGUGGGAUAGUGCUAAAAUUCAUACAAUCAAAUUAUUAAAUGAGGAAUUAAGACAGUGUAACGAAAAUUAUCAAGAGUUGAAAAAAUCAGUUGGUACAAGAAAAUUGAAUCAAGUGACCAAUUAUCUAUCAAAUGAUUUGCAACAAAAUUCUGACAAUUCAUUCAAAAAUAAUAUUAUUGAUAAAGAUUCAUUAGCGUUUUCUGCUACACUAUUGCAAAGAGGUAGAGAAGCAGUUUUCCUAAAAGAUAGGUGCAAUUUGCUUAAAAUGCGAUUGCUAGCAUUGAAAUCAAGUCAAUGUUCCAAAAAAGAGAAUAAAUAUAAAUGCCCAGAAAUUUUUUUGAGUUCGGUUGUUGAUAAAAUUACUCAAACGUCUAUAUUAUUUCUAAAUGUGGAAUUAUUAAAUGAUUUUUAUUACAAUUUUCCAAGAGAUUUGGAUUUAAAAUUAAGUGUUAACAGUUUAUCAAAGGAUGUCAUUGAAAAGAUAGCUAAAGAAGAUCCAAGGAUUAAAAGACAUAUUGAAUUACAACAAAGAAAGGAGAUGUUGGAGCUAGCAUUAAGCAAAAUAGAAAAUGUUUUAGCAAUACAAAAGACU